CAGCUUUUGAGCCAUUGACAUGGAAACUGGAGUCAGGGGGAGAAGGAUUGUAGAUAACAGAAGCUAAAUUUGAAGAAAGUUAAAACCCGUUCGGAGUAUGGAUUCCUUCGAAAUGCUUGGGUCUUCAACGAAGCUGGCAUAUGACAAUUGUCUAUCCUCGUGGCAGAAAACAGAAUCAGAAGACAUAAAUAAUGCGAUGGAUGACAUUUAUCAAGAAGCAGGACCCACUCUGUUAGAGGAACCGGAAUCAAGCAUAGUGUUCAUGGAUCUGCACAGACAGGAUGAAGAUCACAUUAAAAGGUUAAAGGAAUUUCAGGCUUACUUUGACAUGGUGAAGAGGAUGGUGAAACCUGGUUGUUCACAAGAUGUGUUAAAAGUGGCAUUGAAUUCCAUGUCCUCACUAGUAAGCAUACUUACCUACAUGUCAUCCUCUCCAAAGCCCCAUUCCUCACUUUGAACAAGAAUUAAUCCAACGCUGUGGUCAUGUUGUACACAAAAGAAGAAUCUGCCUGGAUGUCCAUUAGAUGAAAUUGCAUGUUACAGAUUUGCAUGCCUGUAUUAAACCUUCUGUUCUACCUUUUGAACGGUCACAUAGUGGUCCAGAUCAAUGUACAUUUAAAUUUUUCAAAGAAGCAACAUAUGGGAAUGUUCUAUUC